CUUGUCUUUGAAGACUCAUCAGCCUUGGUGGGUUGAUGUUUUACAGAAUCCUAAUACGGAUUCAAAAAUACCACUUGGUUUUUGGCAACUUGCAUUACUCAUGGAGUAGGCGUGAUAUCCGUCUGACUAUGAAAGGGUGAGUAAAACUAUACAAUACUCCACUGUACUAUUUUGGCUGUGAAACCUGGUUUAUAGAAGUAGAACACAUGCGUUUGUUCCAGAUGUUUGGUCGCAAGCGUUUUCAAAGUAUUGCUCGUGUAUCAUAAAAUGGUUAAGUAAGCAGUGCUGAGGUUAUCCACAGGGUACUAAGCAAAGAUAGGUUGCCAUAAUUUAUCACUUAAUCCGUAAACUUUUAGUUCUGUAUUUUAAAACAUAACAAAUAAAGUAAAUCAGUCAUUUUUAAAAUAGAUUUUAGCUCAUAGUGAACGAUGAAAGAGAGCGACAAACUUAUUCCAUCUUGUGAGCAACAUGCAACAGAAGAAUUAUCAUCAACCAAAUCUGAGGAUUCUAAUUUUCAUAACACUCCUGAAAUUCCCACAAGCUUACCUAGUCGAAUUGAACUAGCUCGGCCCAUUUAUCAUCAAAUUUCAGAUUUUUGUUUCGAUUUUGACUCGGAAGGUAUUCUUCGUCAUAUUCAAACAGGAGACACCUUCUGUGUAAAGGUUACUUCAGCAGGCCCUUCACUUAAAAGACAAGAAAUUAUUCGUGCAAUUUGUACACGUUUAAUUCGUCAACGGCUAUUUGCUUUAAAUAUGGAAUCAAGUCAAGUUCCGAUCCCUGGACAUCCUACUCACUGUAUGAGAGUUUUACAUUCUAAAAAUUUUUUUACCCACAAAGGUCCCAUCAUUAUUUUGUUACAAGGUGGUGGAAUUGCUCAGGCUGGUGUUUGGGCUCCACGUCUUCUACUACAUCCUCAACAUGGUCUACAGUCUGGCAGUCAAAUAUCUUUAGUCAAAAAAGCACAUGAACAAGGUUAUGCAAUAGCUAUUAUCAAUGCAAAUGAACAUGUCCCAAGUGAAGCAGAAAUGGAUGCUAUGGAUACAUUUCCUAAUCCUUCUUGUCCGUUAUUCAAUGUUACAGAAUGUGUACGUAUUGAUCCUAAUCUUAAGUCACCUGUUCAGGACAACAACCAUGAUGUACCAAUCUAUCUUACUUUACCUGAUCAUUCAAAUAAGAUAGUAUUACCUGCACUUGACAGUAAAACUCACCAUCCAGUUGCUUUCGAUUCAAAUUUAGAAAAUCCAAUACUCUUCGUACCAUGUAAAUCAUCUUCUGAACAAGAAUCCAAACAAUUAUUUCGAUCGUGUUUGACAAGAACACCGUCAUCAUCAGCUUUAUCAUGGUUACUGACUGGAUCGAAUUCUACAUCCAGUUCAACUAUGCGAACAAAUUCUAACCUACAGAAAACACCUGUUUGUUGCGUGAAUUCAAUUUGUUCAAUGAAUGAAACGUGUUUAACUUCAUCGACUACUGAUUUGACGUUGAAUACUCAUGUAAAAUCUUUUGGUUCGACGGUUAGCGCACCUACAUCAUCCUCAAUGUUAAGUGCUACGCACUCACUGAACUACGAACCACAGUCACUAAAACAUGCGUUUUUAGUUCCAUCUAAUAGUAUCGCUCUUAAGAAUUUGAUACAAGUUCCACAAGGUAGGAAUGUUGUUUCAGAUGAUAUGAAUUCACUUAACUCAUCUAACUGUCAAUCAUUUGUUGAAAAUUCAACUUGCGUGAUAAAUUCCGGAAAUAAUAUUACUGCUGUUAAAAAAUCUUCAAUCAUCUGUCAUUUUCCCGCGACAUCAAUACCAACAGCAUCAACAACAACGACACUACCAACAACCUCUGAUAUACCAUCAUAUUCCAUUGAAGAUAAAAACCGAAGUUUUCAAAAGGGUCGUUCAUUAAAUAAUGAUCCAAUAGUGUCAAAUAUUUCUGUAGAGGAUCGUCUCUAUGGAAUAUGGCGUCACCUUAUACCACAUUGUGCAUCAAAUCAUAUAUUAGUUUGGGCUCAUCAACAAGGUGCCAAUGCAUUUAUUCAUCCAUUCAAACCGAUGCCUGAUGUGUUUCCUGGGUUUUCAUCACCAGUUUCAAUUAAUUCACAUAAGAAAGUGUCUUCGACUCCUAUCAACACGGAUAAAAAACAAAUGUCAAAAGAACCGAUUAUCCCACCUACCAUACAUAAUGAUUUCAUGUUUGGUAAAGGUUCGGAAUCCUUAUCCAGUAACCACGACAGUGUCGAUUCUGUAGUUCAGCACAACUCUAAAAUGCGGAUUAACAAACAAUUAGAGUGGUCGACUGAUUGUUUAUCAAAAGUAUUAAAAAUACCAGUUGUUCUGUCUGAUACAGUAUCACAUACCACUUCUAAAAAACCACGUCUAUCUAAUGAAUGCGAUGGAACUAAUCCUUCUACACAAGUUGCAUAUAAUAAUGUACUUAGUGAUUAUCAUAACAAUGGCAUCAAUAAUAUCGACAAAGCAAAAAUACGUUUUACAAGAAGACGUCAUUUAUCUUCUGGACCUAUACUUAUGACCCAUAAAAAUGAAAAUAAUACACGUAAAAGUGCAUAUAUUUUGGAGCCUACAAAUGAUAAUUUACCUCUUAUUACAAAUGAUUAUGAACCAUCUCAACAAAAUAAACCUCUUGUGACUAUCAAUACUAUUCCUGAUGAAAUUAGAGAAAAACUUCCUAAAGUUUCAACUGGACGUUUAUGGCUCGAUCGACGUAUUUAUGGACCAUGGAGACAUCAUGUCACUCCAGAAGCUUCAAGGCGUGCAUUUUGGUUACCAGAUGAUAAUGACUUAUUAGUUAACAACACUUCAAAGAAAAAUGCCUCAAAUUCUAUUACAAAUCAAACUGAAAAUAAAUUAUGUGUUGAUAAUUUACCAGCAGUAAGUGGUAGUGACUUGGAUGCCAUGCUUUUCGCUAAACAUGGUGGUGUCAUACCUAAAAGUGUUGGUAUAUGGUCUGAUAUCAUGUCAAAUAAUAAUAAUUCAGAUGAAUUGUUACAUCUACGUUUAGCAAGAGCAUGGCAACGUAAAGCGGAGCGUUUAUGGCGUGAGUUGACAAGUCGCGUAAAAGCUGUUGUAUUUACUGAUUCAGCAGAUGUGUUGGAUUUGUGUGCAGCUGGGGUUGGAUGGGGUUUGAAUAUCCUUAAUGAACAGAAUACUAAUGAUAGUGAAUUACCCUCUAUUUACAAACCUACAAUAUAUCAGCAAAAUCUACCAGAAAAAGUCUUACAAUUCAGAGAAUGGUUAUCACAGAAUUCAGUGAACUAUGUAGCAGCCAAUCUCAAAUUAGGUACACGACUCAAUCCACAAGUUAAUGCAAAGCGACAUGCCAUCCCAACACUAUCAUCAGGCACAACAGAACAUGAUCUUAUUCCUAGUACUGUAUUACAUCAUAUAUUUGAUUUUUUCCGAUCGAAAUUACAACCAUCAUUUAACAAGGAAGACAGUGAACAUACAACAAAAUCAGAAUCACCUUCAACAAUCAUGGAGAAUAGUACUUGUUCAAUGUUGUCAUCUGUACAUUCAUAG